CCACAGGAGCUGCGGCAACAGCACUAGGGAGACAUCCAGCCCUCCCUGCAGACAGGGAUUUAUCUAUUUUCUACACAUGCAUCUAUGUAUUUUUUUUAUUCACUGGGCUGCAUUUGCUGUUCCUUUUUUAUUUUUUAUUUUUUGUAGCCUUUUCACAAAAGCCCCAAACCUCCCAAGUGACGAGCCUGAGAUUUCCCUAAAAUAAAAUAACAGCACAGUGGGGCUGGGUGGCUUCCCCUUCCCCCCUCGGAAAAUAAAGAGGAAAGGGGGAGCAAAUAGGUAAAAUCCAGAAUAAAAUCAUAUUGCUCGAAAACUCACACGUCCUCCCUCUCUCUCUCUCUCUCUCUCUCUCACACACACACACACACACACACACACACACGCUCUUUCUCCUCCUCCUCCUCUCUGAAGGUGGGUAGCAGGAGCCAUGCAACAUCUGCAGAACCGGAUGGCAAAAGAGCAGGAGGAAAAAUAAUCCAAGUGGAGUGCUCAGGGGACACUGAGUUGGGUUUUUUUCUUUUUCCUUUUUUUUUUUUUUAAAUUUUUUUUCCUUCUUCUUCUUCUGCCGCGUACCUGUGAGAUUCAAUUUCACAUUUUGCUGAGCCCAUUUUGGGGCAUUUUAUUUUUCUUUCUCUUGGGAUUUUCUCCAUUGCCAGAGGAUGUCUCUUGUUGAGAGGAUGCUGAAAGGAAGAAGAAACGAAUUCUUUGACUGGCACUGAAGGAGCGGGGGGGUAUUUUUCCCCCUCAUUUUUUAGUUUUUUGUCAUUAUUCUUUUUCUCUAGGAAAUCAUUAACUGGGGGGGGGGUUGGUUUCUUUUUUCCCUCCCCCCCUUUUUUUGGAGGGGGAUUUCAGAAGAUCCAUCUUUCUUUCCCCUCCCCUCCAAAGAUUUUUUUUUUCAUCCUUCGUCUUUGUGGAAAUGUGGACAUUUCAGGCAGACAGAUUGAGUGGAAUUGUCUCUGCUUUAGCAGCUCUUUGUCUCGCCUGCUGUGCGCAAAGCCCCUCCACUGGAAAUAUUUCUGUGGUGAAAGAGAUUGUGGACAAACUGCUCAAGGGCUAUGACGUCCGCCUCAGGCCCGACUUCGGAGGUAACCCUGUCACAGUGGGAAUGAGCAUCCACAUCUCCAGCAUUGACCAGAUCUCUGAAGUCAACAUGGAUUAUACCAUCACCAUGUACUUCCAGCAGAGCUGGCGGGACAAACGCCUGGCCUACAACGACCUUCCUCUCAACCUGACCCUGGACAACAGGGUGGCUGACCAGCUGUGGCUACCUGACACCUACUUCCUGAACGACAAGAAGUCUUUUCUGCACGGGGUGACGGUGAAGAACCGCAUGAUCCGGCUCCACCCCGACGGGACCGUCCUCUACGGCCUCAGGAUCACCACCACGGCCGCCUGCAUGAUGGACCUGCGGAGGUACCCGCUGGACCAGCAGAACUGCACGCUGGAGAUUGAGAGCUAUGGUUACACCGUGGAUGACAUUGUCUUCUUCUGGCAAGGGAACGACUCUGCUGUCACAGGGAUGGAGGUGCUGGAGCUGCCCCAAUUCACCAUCAUUGAGCAGAGGCUGGUCAGCAGGGAAGUGGUCUUCACCACUGGUUCGUAUCUGCGCUUAUCCCUGAGUUUCAGGAUUAAGAGGAACAUUGGUUACUUCAUCCUGCAGACCUACAUGCCAUCCAUCCUCAUCACCAUCCUGUCCUGGGUCUCCUUCUGGAUCAACUAUGAUGCUUCUGCUGCACGAGUGGCACUGGGGGUCACCACGGUGCUUACCAUGACAACCAUCAACACCCACCUGCGGGAGACUCUCCCCAAGAUCCCCUACGUCAAGGCUAUCGAUGUUUAUCUCAUGGGCUGCUUUGUCUUCGUGUUCCUGGCCCUCCUGGAGUAUGCUUUUGUCAAUUACAUCUUCUUUGGGCGAGGGCCGCGGCAGCAGAAGAAGCAGAGCGAGCGCGUCAGCAAGGCCAACAACGAGCGCCACCGCUACGAGGAGAAGAGGGUGAGAGAGCAGGUUGACCCUUACGGUAACAUCCUCCUCAGCACGCUGGAGAUGAACAACGAGCUGCUGGCCACGGACAUGAUGAGCAGCGUGGGCGACUCUCGAAACUCUGUCAUGUCCUUCGAAGGCUCAGGAAUCCAGUUCCGCAAGCCGCUGGCCUCUCGGGAUGGCUUUGGCCACCACCCCACCCUGGACCGCCACGUCCCGCUGAGCCACCACGCCGCCGCCCGCAACCGCGCCAACUGCCGCCUGCGCCGGCGGUCAUCCAAGCUGAAGCUCAAAAUCCCAGACCUGACAGACGUCAGCACCAUUGACAAGUGGUCAAGGAUCAUUUUUCCAAUCACUUUUGGAUUCUUCAACCUUGUUUACUGGUUGUACUAUGUAAAUUGAUGCCUGCGGCCUCCGAGAGAGAUAAUAGGGACAGACACUCAGACAAUGACAACACAGGAGUGUUGUGGUCUUUUGGGUUUGGGUUUUACUCUUUACUAUCAUUGUCAUUUAUUCCUAUGGUUCAUUAGAUUUAUUCUAAGCUUACUCUUCUCUUUUCAGCACAUGUAGAACCACGGAGUGUGGGGUGGGGUAAAGGGAGAGAAAGGUAUGGGAGGGGGUUUGGUUUCAGGGAGGGAUGUGUUUGUCUUGAUUUUGGUUUCUUGCUGAAGGACUUACACCACUGUACAAAAAAAAAAAAAAAAUCCAAACCAACAAAAACAACAAAAACCAAAAAAAAAGGAAAGAAAGAAAAAAAGAAAAAAAGACAGAAAAAAAAGAAAAAACACACAAAAAAACCCCAAAACCAAGAAAAUUAAAAAAAAAAAAAGAGGGGGGAGAUUUAAAGAAAUUGAGUCCAAAACUGGUGGGGGCGAUAGGUUAUCUUUGGCUGUGCUCACUAAUGCUCUAUCCUCACUUCCAUUUCACUACUGAAUUUCAUAUUUCACUUUUCAGUCCUAUUAUAUAUUUUUUAAUCUUUCUUCUAUCACUGCUCUUAACCCCUUCAUGUUAAUUCUUUCAUGGAUUCAUGAGAUGAUGGGGUUUCAUUCUCACGCUAUGAGAUUUUUCUUUUCUUUUUCUCUCUCUCCCUCUCUCUUGCUUACAAGCCUAAAAGAGUCUUUUAAACCAACAAAUAAAAAGAAUAUUUAUUUUGGAAGAGCUGGGAAGGGAGGGGAAGACGAGGCAAUUAUUUGGGAGGGAAGGGGCAACGUGGGGUUUAUGGGAGGGGGGGGAGGAGGGAACUUAUCAAAACUAAGGCACAUUUGCAAGAUGCCUUUUUCCACCUUCAGGAGUUUGCAAGCUGUUUUUCCUGUGUGAAUGUGCGUGUGUGGAGCAUCUGUGUGUGUGUGUGUGUGGGCACGUGUGUCCAUGGAUGUGUGUG